AUGACAACUGUGAGAGCUUUGAUAGCCACUGCUGUAAAGAAGCACUGGAAUAUAUAUCAGUUGGAUGUUAAUAAUGUUUUCCUUCAUGGAGAGUUGCAUGAAGAAGUAUACAUGGACAUUCCACAGGGAUUGGAUGUUACCACUAAAGGCAUGGUCUGUAAACUUAACAAGUCACUACAUGGUUUAAACAGAAAACAAGGUAUUUCCACUGUGUUUAUAGCUGUUUAUGUUGAUGAUAUUCUACAUACUGGAAAUGAUGUUGAAGAUAUUGAUCAAUUAAAGAGGAAGUUUGUACUUGAUCUUCUCAAAGAGUAUCACUGCACAGAAUACUCUAGUCUUGCUUCUCCUCUUGACUCUUCAAUCAAGCUUAAAGCCAAUGAAGGGAAACCUCUGGAAGAUCCUAGUUAA